GGAGCGGCUGGCAGGACUGGCUUUGGGGGUUCCUGCUUCAGGUUUGGUGGCGGCGCCUGAGGCUUCGCGUCAGUCUUUCAUGAGCUUACUGGCUCCCACGGGCUUCUGGCUUUUUCUUACCGCUGAUUUCUUUCUGCUGAGAUUCUCCCCAUGUCAUCACACAGUGCUGUGGGAGCUGAACCAGAGGAUUCACCCAUUGCUUCUAUGGCUACCUCACAAACUUCAGAAACUGUUGCAUCUCACGUUCCUUUUGCAGAUCUAUGUUCAACUUUAGAACGAAUACAGAUGAGUAAAGGACGUGCAAAUAAAACAAGACACUUCAGGGAAUUCUUAGAUUCUUGGAGAAAAUUCCAUGAUGCCCUUCAUAAGAACCAGAAAGAUGUCACAGACUCUUUUUAUCCAGCAAUGAGACUUAUUCUUCCUCAGCUAGAAAGAGAGAGAAUGGCCUAUGGCAUCAAAGAAACUAUGCUUGCUAAGCUUUAUAUUGAAUUGCUCAGUUUACCUAGAGAAGGAAAAGAUGCUCUUAAACUUUUAAAUUACAGAACACCUACUGGAACUCGUGGAGAUGCUGGAGACUUUGCAAUGAUUGCAUACUUUGUUUUGAAACCAAGAUGUUUACAGAAAGGACGUUUAACCAUACAGCAAGUAAAUGACAUUUUAGAUUCAAUUGCCAGCAAUAAUUCUGCUAAAAGAAAGGACCUAAUAAAGAAGAACCUUCUUCAGCUUAUAAGUCAGAGUUCAGCACUUGAACAAAAGUGGCUUAUACGGAUGAUUGUGAAGGAUUUAAAGCUAGGUAUUAGUCAGCAAACUAUAUUUUCUGUUUUUCAUGAUGAUGCUGCUGAGUUGCAUAAUGUCACCACAGAUCUGGAAAAAGUCUGUAGGCAACUACAUGAUCCUUCAGUAGGACUCAGUGAUAUUUCUAUCACUUUAUUCUCUCCCUUUAAACCAAUGCUAGCUGCAAUAGCAGAUAUUGAGCGAAUUGAGAAGGACAUGAAAAACCAUAGUUUCUACAUUGAAACCAAGCUAGACGGUGAGCGUAUGCAAAUGCACAAAGAUGGGGAUGUAUAUGCAUACUUCUCCCGAAAUGGAUUUAAAUAUACAGAACAGUUUGGUGCUUCUCCACAGGAAGGUUCUCUUACACCAUUCAUUCAUAAUGCAUUCAAAACAGAUAUACAAAUUUGUAUCCUUGAUGGUGAGAUGAUGGCCUACAAUCCUAGUACACAAACUUUUAUGCAGAAGGGGAAUAAAUUUGAUAUUAAAAGAAUGGUAGAAGAUUCUGAUCUGCAAACUUGUUACUGUGUUUUUGAUGUAUUGAUGGUCAAUAAUAAAAAGCUAGGACAUGAAACCCUGAGAAAGAGGCAUGAAAUUCUUACUGGUAUUUUUACACCAAUACCAGGUAGAAUAGAAAUAGUGCAAAAAACACAAGCUCAUACUAAUAAAGAAGUAAUUGAUGCUCUGAAUGAAGCAAUAGAUAAAAGAGAAGAGGGAAUCAUGAUAAAACAACCGCUAUCCAUUUAUAAGCCAGACAAAAGAGGUGAAGGAUGGUUUAAAAUUAAACCAGAGUAUGUAAAUGGACUGAUGGAUGAACUGGACAUCAUAAUUGUCGGGGGCUAUUGGGGUAAAGGUUCACGGGGUGGAAUGAUGUCUCAUUUUUUGUGUGCUGUUGCAGAGAAGCCCCCUUCUGGUGAAAAACCAUCCAUAUUUCAUACUCUCUCUCGUGUUGGCUCAGGUUACACCAUGAAAGAACUGUAUGAUCUGGGUUUGAAACUGGCUAAACAUUGGAAGCCUUUUCAUAAAAAAGCUCCACCAAGUAGCAUUUUAUGUGGAACAGAGAAGCCAGAAGUAUACAUUGAGCCUUGUAAUUCUGUCAUUGUUCAGAUUAAAGCAACGGAGAUUGUUCCCAGUGACAUGUAUAAAACUGGCUGCACUUUGCGUUUUCCACGAAUUGAAAAGAUAAGGGAAGACAAAGAGUGGCAUGAAUGCAUGACUCUGGAUGACUUAGAACAACUUCGAGGGAAAGCGUCUGGAAAGCUUGCAUCUAAACACCUUUGUGUUGGUGAUGAUGAACCACAAGUAAAAAAGCGGAAAGCUGCCCCAAAGAGUAAGAAAGUUAUUGGAAUUAUCGAGCACUUAAAAGCACCUAACCUUUCUAAAGUAAACAAAGUUUCCAAUAUAUUUGAAGAUGUGGAGUUUUGUGUUAUGAGUGGACUAAACAGCCAUCCAAAGCAUGAUCUGGAGAAUAGAAUUGCAGAAUUUGGUGGUUAUAUAGUACAAAAUCCAGGCCCAGACACAUACUGUGUUAUUGCAGGGUCUGAGAACAUACGAGUGAAGAACAUAAUAUCUUCAAAUAAACAUGAUGUUGUCAAACCUGAGUGGCUACUAGAAUGUUUUAAGACCAAAAGCUGUGUGCCAUGGCAGCCUCGCUUUAUGAUUCAUAUGUGCCCAUCAACAAAACAACAUUUUGCUCGUGAAUAUGAUCGUUAUGGUGAUAGUUAUUUUGUUGAUACAGAUUUGAAUCAACUGAAGGAGGUGUUCUCGGGAAUUAAAAAUUCUAGUGAACAGACUCCUAAAGAAAUGGCUUCUGUGAUUGCUGAUUUAGAAUAUCGAUAUUCCUGGGACUGCUUUCCCAUCAGUAUGUUUCGACGCCACACCAUUUACUUGGACUUGUAUACUGUUAUUAAUAACUUGAAUACUAAAAUCGAGGGCACAAGAUUAGCUAUUACAGCCUUAGAGCUUCGAUUUCAUGGAGCAAAAGUAGUUUCUUGUUUAGCUGAGGGAGUGUCUCAUGUAAUCAUUGGGGAGGAUCAUAGUCGUGUUGCAGAUUUUAAAGCUUUUCGAAGAACUCUUAAGAGAAAGUUUAAAAUUCUUCAAGAAGGUUGGGUAACUGAUUCAAUAGACAAAUGUGAGUUACAGGAGGAAAAUCAAUAUUUGGUUUAAAGCUUGUUUUUUUAAUCUAUUAAAAUCUAUGCUUGAACAAUAUUAUUAGAUAUAAGAAAGCAAUAAUUUUCACUUUUGAGAGAGAAAAGACACUGAAUGGCCCAAAGCCAAGAAAGAAAAAGUUCUUUCAGCAAUGUAGUAUUUGAUGAUUUUUAUAACCAAGAUGAAAUAAGCAGUUUAAAGGUAUUUAUUUAAUAUCCCUAAUGAAAUCUAGAAGUUUGACUCAGAUAUUAAUGAAAUACAUGUAGAAGCUUUUAGAGUCAGAGUAUUGACCUAAACAGGAUUUUCUGAAGCCAUAAUAGUUUCUAUCUAAUAAAAACAUUGUGAGAAAAAAGCAGAAUUGUUACAGUUUUAAACUGAAGGCUGAAUUCUUUUAAAUGUGAAAUGUUGCAAACAAAUUUAAAUUUUAAUUUUAAGGUAAAGCUCAUGAAUAAGACCUUGUCAAUGAUGUCAUUAGCUAAAUAAGAGGAAGUGGAAUGGCACUUAAUAGUCUAAAAACUUAGAAUUAGAUCAGUUUGAUUAAAACAAAUCUCUUGAGAUUUUAAAAGUCCUUGGCCCACAUUUAACUUUUUUUCUAAAAUAGAGCAUGUUUUAAAGAAAGUAUUUUAUGUGAAUUUGUACUCCAGUAUAAAUGAUAUUCACAGAGUAAUUUUCCUAGAUACAGUUAAUCUCAAAAUGGCAUGUGUAUUGUAACUUUUAUUACAGAGAAAUAUAUUGCUUUGACUUUUAAUAAAGUCACUUAUCCUUAGGUUAUUUAAAGUCAGUGUGUAGAGUAUAUAUUGUGUUUGAAUUUAUAUGCCAAAUUGUAGGAUAUAGCUUAUGCGUUUUGAAAAAUAUGACACCAUUGAAAUACUUGGAAUUUGGUAGCUGAGAAACUGUGUGUAGGUCAUUUGCAAGUAAUUAGAAAUGUUACCUAAACAGUGCAACAAAUGCCUUUCAAGAUUUUUCUCAUCUCUAAAGGCUGGCAAGUUCAGUUUCUUAGUGCUGGGCAUAUUUAUUUUUAUUCACUCCAUAGGUAUUCUCAUCCUGUCCCACGGCUUUAAAUAUGCCGAUAAUGCCCACAAUUUUUAGCCUUGAUUUCUUUGCUGAACUCCAGUUCAUAUAUAUCUAACAGUGUAAUAUUGUUAUGUAUCUUAAUUUAAAUAAACUAUAUAGUAUCGAAAUUA